AUGCUGUUCCUCUUUGCAGAUAGGAUACCGCUUUUCAUUCCUGCCAUAUUCCCGUCAAAGGAGAUCUUCUUCACAUGGCCGUCUCUAUAUUUGCUAUAUUAUACGGAAGUGACUGCUAUUAUGUUAAUGUGUCCAGGAGCGCUGCUACUGUUUUAUGCUUUGAAAAAAACCGUGCGGUUUCUUCAUGGAAAUCUUAUACGAGUAGCACAGGCACAUCUCAUUGCUCUUACAAUAUCACAGUGUAUGCGAAUACUGAUAUUUUUAUACGACGUUGAAAUUGUGCAAAGAAAUGAUUCAGUUAAUCGACUACUAUAUGUCUUAUUCUUCAUGAGAUUUGUUCCGUUAUGUACCAUGUUAACGAUAAUUCCUGCUAUAGUUGCCGAGAGAUUGCUUGCUUCACGUUACAUCAGUGAUUACGAGCAUCAGUGUGAGUUGAAACUGGCUUAUUUGGAUGACAACAGAAAGAAGAAAGGGUGGGGAGGAUAG